UGGAGCAAUCUAUCGUUGUUAACUCUCAAUCAGAUGGUGUUUAUAGAACAUCUGGUGGAGAAAAUAUAGUUGUUGAUUGAUAUUUUCUUUGCACCGGUACACUAUUUGGUACAGCAUGGUUAAAAGAAACUAUCUUGAAGGAUCGUUUGGACAUUCGUGGAAGGGUAAUGGUUGAUUCAAAUUUGAGGAUCAAGGGUCGCAACAAUAUCUUUGCUAUUGGGGACAUCACUGAUGUUCCGGAACUUAAACAAGGAUAUUUGGCUCAAGAACACACAAAGGUAGUAGCCAAGAACAUCACGACGUUAAUAAAGGGAGUAGAAGAUGAUCACAAAUUGGCUGUAUAUAAACCAGCAACCAAGGCAUUGGCUAUAGUUUCUCUAGGGAGAAAAGAUGCAGUGGCUCAAUUUCCUUGUUUGUCAAUCGCUGGACGCGUUCCAGGCAUGAUAAAAUCUGGGGAUCUAUUUGUUGGAAAGACGCGCAAAGGACUUGGUCUACAACCUGGUGUUUAGUUGUCCUGCUUAUAAGGAAAUAUGCAUGCUAUAGAAGUUGCGUUUAUUUAUUUAUAUUCAAACUUUUUCGUUUGAUUAUUACAUGUUAUAGGUUAAGGUCUAUGUAC